UGUAGGUGAUGAUGGCGGAAGGGGAGCAGCGCUGAGUUUCAUCUGAGUUCAUAUCACAGCUGUAGAAACACCUACAACAUCGUUUCUCUCCGUCGAGAACUAGCUCGAGACGAUGGGGAACGAGGCCAGCAUGGAAGGGGAGGGACAGGCGGGACAGCCCGGCCCCGCCGUCCCUGCAGCAGGGGCUCCGGCUUCCAUUUCAGCACCACCGGACUCUGGACAGCUCAUCAAGCCGAGCAAUGGAGCGCCUGUCGGAGGAAGCGGGGCUGCACCCGGGCCGGGGAUUAACAGACCUUCGCCAUCAGACCCCGGACCUAAAGCAGGAGUCCAGAGCAGUCACGGGCCAGGGGACAGGUUGGCCUCUCAUGACACCCCUCAGCAUGCUGCAUCGCAGGGGGAGCAGGGCCAGGGUCAUGUGGCGAGGAAGAGUCUACAGGUGGAUUUGGGGAGCAGCAGGACUGGGAGGUCUCCCUCUGUGUCCCCCGACCGCGGCAGUGUUCCCACCUCCCCUUAUUCUGUGCCACAAAUUGCGCCCAUGCCCAGCAGCAAACUCUGCCCUGUCUGCAAAACCACUGACCUGAUGGGCACUGGGGAUGACAAGCCCAAUGUGAACACCUGCACACAGUGCCGCUCCAUGGUGUGCAACCAGUGUGGCUUCAACCCCAAUCCUCACCUCACAGAGGUUCAGGAGUGGCUCUGUCUGAACUGUCAGAUGCAGCGAGCGAUGGGGAUGGACAUGAACACACCGCGCUCCAAGAGUCAGCAACAGAUACACUCUCCUUCUCAAGCAGCCAAACCUGAACUUAAACCUGAGACACAGCCUGCCCCUCAGACUCAGCCCCCUCCCCAGAAACAGCCCCAGGCACAGGCCCAUCCAGCUCCCACUCCAAAACAGACUGGUCCAGCUGGCCCAGGUCAGCAACAAACUAAGCCCCCUCCAGGGUCAGUCCCUCUACCUGGCAUGGCCAAAGCCCCGUCCCAGCCCGAUCUGUCCCGUGGCUCCCCUGCCCAUCAACCCCAGCACCCUCGCCAGGACCAGACUCGCAGUGCGGGGAGCUCCCCUUCACGACAGCCCCCACCUCCAGAGCAGACUUUUGGGAAGCUGUUUGGCUUUGGUGCCUCUCUCCUUAACCAAGCUAGCACCUUAAUAUCUGAGACUACACAACCCCAACAACAGACCCCCAAGCCAGCCCCAAAGCCAGGAGGAGCUCCUGGUCCGGGGCCUGGGGUGGGUAAACCCUCAGGACCUCAGCCUGCACAGCAGCAAGGGCCUCGAACCCUUACUCAGCAGCAAAACCUGCACGCUCCCCCGGAGUCCUCUAAACCCAAAGCCUGCUGUCCUCUCUGCAAGACCAACCUCAACAUCGGCAACACAGCCGAGCAACCCAACUACAACACGUGCACACAGUGCCACCAACAGGUGUGCAACCUGUGUGGAUUCAAUCCCACGCCACACCUAGUCGAGAAGAAAGAAUGGCUCUGCUUAAACUGCCAGACGCAGAGGGCUCUGUCAGGAAGCUUGGGAGAUAUUCCAGCUCCUGGUCCACAGCCUGGAUCCCCCCGGCACCCUGCUCCAGCCAGUCAACAACCACCUCAGCAAAAAGGGCCAAAUCAACUUUCUGGGCCUAGGCCCACAGGUCCUCAACAACAACAGAAAACACCGGGUCCCCAAGUAAGUGGCCCUCACUCUCCUGUGAAACAGGCUGGGCCCACCCCUACUGCUAAGGGGCCCAGUCCAGCUCAGACCAAGAGCUCUACCCAAUCCCCUCCCCAACCAAAGGCUUCCACUCAGCAAUCUCCCCAAGUCAAGGGUCCAACACAACCCUCAGGUCAGACUAAGGGACCACAAGUGAAAGGUCCUAGCCAACCUGUGACUCAAAGUAAGGGUCCUGUUCAGUCUAACCAAACAAAGGGUCCAAGCCAGGCCAAAGGGCCGACUCAGACCAAAGGAUCUGCCCAGCCCUCAGCUAAGGGCCCCCCUGGUGCCAAGGCUUCAACCUCAACGGGUAAAGCUGCACCCAGCCAAGCUAAGGCCUCUCCUACCCCAUCAAAAGCAGCUCCCUCACAGUCUAAACCCACAGGUAACGUCCAGGCCCGCAAACAGCCGCAGAGCCAAGAGAAGACUAAAGGCUCGUCUAAAGCUCUAAAAGAAGAUGUCAAGACCUCAUCGAAGAAAGCAGUGUCAGAGACUGACACCUCACCUAAAGACGUGAAGAUAACUGAGGAUGCACAGAAGUCAAGACACCAUGAAGAUUACAACAAAUCAAGUACACAGAGUUUAAGUGACACUGGCUACUCCUCAGAUGGAAUCUCCAGCUCUCAUGGAGAGAUUACCGGUCAGAUUCAGGAAGAGGGAAUUAAGCUCAGUGAAAGGGGGGCUUCCAUACCCUCAGAAAUCACCAAGCUGGAGAGCUCCAUGAAGCCUCUGCUAGAAUCAAAGACAGCGGCAGACCAGAAGCACAGGCCGCAUUCGCUGUCUGUGGGACAGGAAAGAGAUUACAAUCCAGAUGAUGACGCAGCACGGGAUGAAUCAGAAGAUGACCUCAGUUGUAAGCUACGCCAUGAUUAUGUGGAAGACAGCAGCGAAAGUGGUCUCUCGCCAUUGCCAGUAAGACAGAAGAAGUCACAUAAAGAUUUGACAGAUGAGGAAUUUAUGAGGAGACAAAUCAUGGAGAUGAGCGCCGAUGAAGAGGAGCUUGAGGAACAUGGAAGCCAGAAGAGUAAAAGGGGACAUAAAACCAGUGGGGAUCUCAAAGAAAGAAGACGACUCUCUCACCAUUCAAAUAGUUUUGAGGAGGAAACUAAGACAUCAGAUGGUGCUUAUAAGGCAAACGAAGAGGAAGAUGUUGUAAUAGCUGGGGGACUCCGGCGAUUUAAGACUAUUGAGCUGAAUAACACCAACAGCUACAACCGAGAAAUGGAGCUCAGUACUGAGCAUGACUUGAGAGAACCUGAGCUAGAGAUGGAGAGUCUCACUGGUUCUCCUGAGGAGCGGUCCAAGGGGGAAUACUCAUCUACUCUACCUGCCACCACUCCCAGUUACACCUCUGGGACAUCCCCCACAUCUGUGUCGUCCAUGGAGGAUGACAGUGACAGCAGCCCUAGUCGUAGGGCAAGAUUGGAAGAGGCAAAGCAGCAGAGGAAAGCUCGGCAUCGGUCUCAUGGGCCACUGCUGCCUACUAUUGAGGAUUCAUCAGAAGAGGAUGAGCUCAGAGAGGAAGAAGAACUACUUAGAGAGCAGGAACAGAUGAGAGAUCUAGAGCAACAGAGAAUUCGAAGCACUGCACGAAAAACAAAGCGGGACAAAGAAGAGUUAAGGGCGCAGAGACGCAGGGAAAGAUCCAAAACUCCCCCAAGCAAUCUCUCCCCUAUUGAGGACGCAUCGCCAACUGAAGAGCUGAGACAGGCUGCAGAAAUGGAGGAGCUUCACAGAUCUUCAUGUUCUGAAUACUCACCAUCUAUGGACUCAGAAGCAGAGGGCUUUGAGAUGAUUGGUGGAAAACUGUACAAAUCAGGAAAUGAAUAUAACCUUCCAACUUUCACAUCACUCUACUCCCCCACAGAGAAAACAUCAGCAACGUCACCUCCUGAUAAAACAUUAAAAAGUGCAGAGGAGGUCUAUGAGGAGAUGAUGAAGAAAGCACAGCUCAUGCAGAGGCAAGGACAAAAUGUUAAUGCUUCCCAGCCGGACAGUAAACAUCAUCUUGAUGCUGGAACGACCCUUACCCCUGGCUCAAGUCCAACACAAAUUACAGCACCGAUGUCUUUCUCCACAACUGGUAGUGAUCCAAGAAUACCCGGAAUUCAUGCAGCUCAGCAUCUAUCUAAAGAAACACAAAAUAGAAUGAUGACACAGAGUGCCAAAAUUGAAGGUGUUGUUGGAGUUGCUACGACCAAAGCCCAAGUGGGUCAGACCACCACUACAAGACAGACAGGUGGCCCAGUAUCAGCUGGCAACAGAGGGAGCCCUCAGAGGUCAGCACAGGCAUCUCCUGACCCUGGAGCCUCUUCCCUUACCUCCAAAGUCUUUUCCCUUUUCAAAGGUCCCAGCCCCCCAGUCUCUCCCACCACCUCUCCAGCACAAAGUCCAACACAUACACCAUCUGUAAGGCCCACUGGCGGUAGUGGCAGACAGCUGCCCUCUUUGCCUGGUGGUCCUACCUCUGCACCUGCAUCUCAUGGUGCUCAAGCACCUCAAAGGGCAAAUUCACCACGUCUUUCACGACAACAGUCCUCACAAGAUUCACCAGUGAUGGUGAUAACACUUGCCUCUGAUACAACUACUUCUGCCAAGCCAAUUACUGUAAAUUCAUCAACUUCCCCUUUGUCAUCACCAACACAGGCCAGCUGUAAAACCUUGUACAGCACAAAACCCCCUGGGGCAAGUUCCCCAACAUCACCACAAAUGCAUCCAUCACAGCAGUCUCCAAAACAUUAUUCACAUAUGUCCCAAAAUGUUGACAAAGUAAGUGUUGGUAUUAGCACUGUGACCACAACUGCACAAAGUCUGUGUAAAAUCUCAGGCUCUUCAAAAAUUGUUGGUCAAAGUCAAACACAUCAGGGCACUAAUGUGGUAGAUCUUAGAGCCCCAAUGAGGCCAACUCCAAUUAUAAUGACAGACCAGGGAAUGGACCUCACUUCCCUUGCUUCUGACACAAGGCGAUACUCUGUAGGAACAGAGCAGCCAUCUGUUCGACACACAGCAGUCCAACCUCUUAUUAUGAAUCUGAAUGCGCAAGAGCAAACUCAUAUAGCUUUAUCAACACCCACCACAGUUAGCAUAACAGUUGCAGGUUCAAUGUUUAUGUCCCAACCCAAACAACAGGUUGUGUAUGGAGAUCCUUUACAAAACCGUGUGGAUUUGGGGCAGGGUGUUGGAUCAGCUGUUUGUUUAUCCCAAAGUAAAACACCAGUUAGUGACCCUACUAUUCCCAAAAUUGAUGCCUGCCUUGAGAACCUAGGUAUACAACAGCAACAACUCCAGUUACAGCAGCAGAAGCUUUUGCAGCAACAGCAACUUCUUGAGCAACAGCUCCAACAGCACCAACAGCAGUCCUCUUUUGCUCGCUACAAUUUAGCCAACCAGGUUCAGCCGCUGCUGAUGAAAAAAGAUCUAGUGGUCAGUCAGACUAGCAGUGCCCAGUCUAUUGUGACUGCUAGUGCCAUUCCUAGAGUUUCUCCCCUCGCCCCACCUGUAGGGUCUGGUGCUCCUACUUCAAAUGCUCUCCAUGAAAUCUAUGGUGGAACUGCCUUAGAGCUAAAAAACAAGCCAACAGUAAUGAACUUAUCCACGGGUAAGCCCCAUGUUAUGAUGGUGCAACUCGAUGAGAGUAGCACAUCACAAGGGAGCACAGUGACUCAACUGGUAAAGCGAGAGGAACCUCCUCCUGCUCCUCAGGUCUUGGAUCUCACAGGACAGAUCAAACCAGAAAACCAAGUGGCUUGUUGUGAUGUUGUUUACAAAUUGCCCUUUGCUGGUUCCUGUUCAGGGUCAUUCACUCAGAAGCCUACUACAGUAUCCUCGGACAAAAACCCUACCACAGAAACCUCUCAAGCAGUGCAGCCUCCCCACCUUCCACAGUACAAUGUCAGCCAACAACAACACCAGCCGCAAUCUACACAGGGAGGGAUUGAGGAACAUAAACCCUAUCAACCACCAGUAGCUCCCUCAGGAAGAAUUCAGCCCUCCAUGUCUGAUACUAACUUGCCUUCCUUGACUGACGCUGGUCAAUAUCAGAGUAAUGUCCAGGGGGGCCUGGCAGUGGAUCUUAGCAACAUGAAUCAGGCUUAUGAUGGUGGAUACCUUGGUUUAGGAGCACAGUAUGGAUCUUAUACAGAUUUGCGUCAUCAGGGAGAUUUUGCUGGUCCUUCAUUACCUCUUCGCCGAUAUGGCUCCUUGUCAAAUAUCAAUUCUGACUAUGCCUAUAGUUCACGGGAGCUAUCAGGGUCACAGGACUCCAAUCUAGCUCAGUAUAGUGCAACCACUGCCAGGGAGAUAAGCCGCAUGUGUGCAGCUCUUAAUACAGUAGACCAGUAUGGAAAUCGUUAUGGAAAUAAACCUGAAUUAAUUCAAUAUGGAGCUGGACGGGGCGGAACCUUAGCUAGACUAAAUCUCCAGCAAAGCUUAGCAUCAAUACGAGCAAAUUUACUGUAUGGCCCAGACGGACGAGCAACAGCAAAUGGUCAAACCCUGACAAAUCUAAUCAAUGCUAGACAAGCAAGUUUACGUGCUUUGUACCCUGCUGCUGUAAGAGGGGGUGAUGGCAUGAUUUAUUCCACAAUAAAUACUCCAAUAGCCUCAACCUUGCCAAUAACCACCCAGCCUGGCUCUGUCCUGCGACCAAUGCCUAGAGGAAUUUACAGAACAUACCCUACAGGUGUAACUGCUGUACCUUUGGCUAGCCUUACUAGGUUACCUCAAGUGACUCCCAGAAUGCCACUGUCCACGCAAGGACCGUAUUCCUUCCCUCCUCCAAAUCAAUACUCUACUUCAGCCACACUCUCAGGAACUAUGCCUGAUGCAAGCAGUUCACACCAGGAAACUCCUGUAUAUCUUGGAAAGCCUCUAACAACAGUUGCUCCACAAACAGCUGCCACAAUUCAACCAACCCAAGCUGCAGUGCACUUAGGACCCCAAAAUGUGCCGAUAACUGGUAUGCAAAGCAUGCCAGAUCAACAGACAGGCACUCAACUUACUCAAGUCCAAGGCCAGACUCCAACUGUGCAGUCAGUGCAGGCCCAAAUACAGCCACAGCAAUUACCUGCCCAAACUGAACCUUUAUCUUUGACACAAACACAAUCUCAAGGUCAACCCGUCAGUCAACCUCAAUCAUUAGUUUUGCCUCAGAGCCAGCAACAAGCAACACCCCUAGCACAAACGUCCAAACUCUCUCCUCCUGUAGAUGUGCAAAAAGGUAAGGAGGAUGAGAAACUCAGUCAGCAACAAGAGCACAUGCUGCAGCUUGAACGAGAGCGUGUUGAACUGGAGAAAUUAAGGCAGCUUCGCCUACAUGAAGAGCUUGAAAGAGAUCGGAUGGAACUACAGAGACACAGAGAGAAAGAACAACUAAUUGUUCAACGAGAGAUUCAAGAACUGCAGACAAUCAAACAGCAAGUCCUUCAACAACAGCAAGCAGAGCGGGAAACACAACUCAUAAUGCAAAGGGAGCAACUAGCUCAGCAGAGAAUGCACCUUGAACAAAUUCAGUCCCUGCAGCAGCAGCUCCAGCAACAGUUAGAGGAACAGAAAAGGCAAAAGACUGCAGCGGUGGAGGCUGCCGCUGCUGCUGCAGCAGCAGAGGCAGCUGCGGCAUCAGCAGCAGCUGCAGCAGCAGCAACAUCUGCCCAGGGUGCCAUUCAAGGUGUUGUUGUUGGUGGAGGGCAACCACAAGGAUUCAUUAUCUGUGAUCAGAGUGGUAGAGUUAUUCAACAAGAGGGACAGAGUGUCCAAUUCUGGCAGGAUGGUCAGUUGGUCCAAGCUGUGAUGGCUGCUCGACCCAUUCAUAGUUCUGCCUCUGAAAUGUCUUUGAGAAGCACCGAAAAACAGGCAGAUUCAAAGAUGAUCAAAAAACAGAAUUCCAUGCCUCGGCUGAGGGAUGGCUCAGAGGAUGACUCCUUGAAGAGGAUUACAGACAGCUGUGUGCAAACUGAUGAUGAGGAUGGAGAGGAUAAAUUCAUGAACAGGAGAAGAAGAACCAGACGUAUUGCAGACUGCAGUGUGCAGACUGAUGAGGAAGACCAGGGAGAGUGGGACCAGCAGCCUGUAAGACGCAGGCGCUCUCGUGUGUCAAAGCACUCUGAAUCCAGUGGGGAGGCUAAAUCAGACGGGUCAUCCAAAGUGGCUUCUUCAAGUAUAGCUAUCCAAACCACAAAUGAUUCGUCAUGCCAAACAGAGUCAGACCAACUAGGCAGGAUUUCCCCUGCAAUCCACAUUACCAUGGCAGAGACCUCAAAGGUAGACCUGUUACAUUAUAUAGCAGCUCCUGAAAGGACUCACAAAGGAGAGAGCCUUGCCUGUCAGACAGAACCAGAGUCUCAGUCUCAGGGUGUUGUUGCACCUCAGCUCAGCGUUCCCACAACUAUUAGUCCAUACUCGACAAGUCUGCAUAUAGUAGGAGCAAACACGUCAGACCCAACCUCUCCUAGACUUCAAGGAGUUGCAAAAUUUGAGAGGAGAAAACCAGACCCCCUGGAAAUUGGCUAUCAGCAACAAAAUGAGUCUCCAUCUCGUCAGCCCCCUAAAUCUCCCCAGGUGUUAUAUUCCCCUGUGUCUCCAUUGUCUCCUCAUCGGAUGCUUGAGACCACAUUUGCCUCCCAGGAGAAACUUAAUAAAGCCCAUGUUACACCCCAGCAGAAGGCUUUUACUGCUGAAUCACCCCAAAGGCACCAGACCCUACCUAGACCCAUCAAAAGUGUGCAACGCUCCAUGUCAGAUCCAAAGCCUCUCAGCCCAACAUCAGAAGACCCAGCGAAGAACAGGUUCUCCCCGUAUCAUCAGCAAGCUGUGUCCAAUAGCCAGAUGGCCUCCCUACAGCACCAGAACGCUCUGAUGAGAAAAGUAAAGAGGACUCUCCCCAGCCCACCUCCAGAGGAAAGUCCACUCCCCAUUGUUACUCCAGCACAAAUGUACAGCUCUCCUGGUAUGCCACAGAGGGUUCUACCCAGACCUGCCCAGGGAGUCACAAAGGCAGGUUUGCUGAGUGAAUUGAAAGCGGUGGAACAAGAGUCAUCGAAGCUUCGUAAACAGCAGGCUGAACUGGAGGAAGAAGAGAAAGAGAUUGAUGCCAAGCUUCGGCACUUGGAGUUAGGCAUCACACAACGAAAGGAGACCAUGGUGAAAGAGAGGGAGAGGAGAGAGCUGGCCUAUCUGAGAUGUAUGGGUGACGCUCGGGACUACAUGUCAGACAGUGAACUCAAUAACCUUAGGAUGGCAGCUGCGACAGGAACCUUUGAUGCAAAUGGUCUGCUGACAAGGCCUAGCACUGCCCCAAUGAGCCAAUUCACGAAUGACCUCAGUUCAACCUCCCAGUAUCCCCCAACCUCAUCUUAUAUGUCUUAUCCAUAUCCUCAAACUCAACAAUCGAUGCAGCAGCCAAGCUCAGCCUACCAACAGAUAGGUUUCCAACCUCCUCAGUAUCCUUCAUCCUCUGCACCCCAGCCGGGAACGUUCCAGCCACACCCUCCACCAGGCCCUGGCUACCAGAACCAGGGAAGCUACUCCUCUCGCAUGUAUGCCCAGUCUUCUUAUCAGACAGAUCUUGGCAUGCAGCAGCAUGGUCACCAGGGCUUCCACACACCUGGCCAGCCUAUGCCAGGCCAGAGCCUUCCUUACCCCAGCCACAGCUCGUAUCAACCUGGUCUCUCUUAUCAGCCCCAAGCAGAGAUACUUACGGUUCAUCAAAGACCACGACAGACAUCCUUGGCUGACCUUGAGCAAAAACUCCCAACCAACUAUGAGGUUAUCAGCAAUCCAGCUGUGUCAGUAGCAACAUCAGCUCCAGAUACCAACUUUGGCCCUGUGUACAGCAAUGCAUAUGGACAAUAUCGCCCCCCAGAGCCAGGUCUGACUCAUUCGGUUGACAGCCCAACCUCUGCUUACGCUUCAGAUGGACUCUACACCUCCAACCUGGAGCAGAAUAUUCCUAGAAACUACGUCAUGAUUGAUGACAUCAGUGAGUUGACAAAAGACAACACCGGCCAACCCACUGAUGCUUCUGGGCAUCCUGUCGGAGGACGGUAUCGCAGUGAGAAUGGCCCUGCACGUGGAAGUGCCUAUGGGAGGCCAGAGGAUGAGCCAGUUGAUGCUUAUGGCAGACCUACUGGCACAACAGGUUACCAGAAUGCGGUGGACAAUCGCACAGGCACCGCAGGAGGAGGCUCUUCCUAUUACUAUGAUGAUUAUAAACACUCGUCCCGAAGCAGCUCCAGUAGCCACAAACUUAGUCCAAAGAAUCUCGCACCUGCAGUAGUCUCAUCUAAGCGUAGUAAGCACAGGAAGCAGGGAAUGGAACAGAAGAUUUCUAAGUUCUCCCCUAUUGAAGAAGCUCGAGAUGUGGAAUCUGACCUUGCCUCUUACACAAUGACAACAUCAACAGGGGGCAGCUGUACAGUUGUGACCAGAUCAAAGAAGCACCAGGAUGAUGGCACUUAUGGGCUGAAGAAAAAUGCCUAUGACCAGCAGAAAUAUUACGGCACUAGUCGUGAGGGCCUUGAGGAGGAAGAUCGCAUGUACAGCUCUGGUAGAUCCAGAUCUACUGGCUAUGGUAUGGACAAAAUUUCUUCCAGAGAUGCCACAGGCCAUAGAAGUAAGUCCUAUGAGAGGGAUGCCAUGGAGCGAUCUCAGAGAAGCAGUCGUAGUGGAAGGCCUCCCAUGCGCCAGAAUUCAGAAGAGGAGAGCCCACUUAGUCCUGUUGGGAAGCCUGUCGGCAUGGGAAGAGGCACUGGCAUAGCAGAUGCCCAUGAUGUGAGGAACCAGUACGGAUCCAGCCAUUCAUUGCCAGAUGUGCAGGACCAUCACAAGAAAGACCUGCCCAGGAGUCAUGUUUAUAAACCAGAUGACCCUUACCUCGUAGAUGACAUGCACUGUGCUGUUUCUGACAGUGAAGCAUAUCAUUUGGGACAAGAGGAGACAGAUUGGUUUGAGAAGCCACGGGAGGCUCGUUCUGACCGCUCAAGACAUCAUGGAAGUGGAAGUCACUCAUCCACAGGUAGGCGUAGCAAACACACCUACCAUGAUUAUGACGAGCCUCCAGAGGAAUACCAGGAUGAGUACGGCCAACAACGGCACUCCUCCACGUCUCGAGACCACCGUCACCAUGGCAGCGGUUCAGGCAGACACAGCUCUUCCAGACACAGCUCAGAUGAUCCCAGGUCCUCCCGUUCUUCCAGGACACACCCCAAAGAUCUAUCUGGCCGCUCUGAUGGCAGAAGCUCCACUUCUGCACAAAGGAGAGGUGGUCCAGAUUCCCGUUCUGCCACAGCAAGCCCUAGGAACUCAGGCGACUUCUCUCGGGACUCAGCCUCCGGUCAUCACCAUGGGACUGGGGGACGGAGCCAGAGGCCACAGGGAGAUCGCACAACCUCCAGAAGGCAGGAUCCAUCUGCAUCAGGGCAAAAAGCACAGCAGCAGCAGCAGCCCCCACAGGGCCAUGCCGGGCAGCAGCGGUCAGGUGGCCAGGGCCAAACUGGGAGACCCUCAGGCUCUGAGCAGUACGAUAGUAACCAGCAAGCCCAGCAGCAGCAGCAAAGUGCACAACAGCAGCAGCAGCAACCACUGCAGCACAGCCAGCCAUCUCAGGGCAGCCAGCCACCAACAGCCACUGCAGGAGCAGGAACAGCACAGCAACAACCCAAACCCAGCCAAGCCCAGCCACAAGGCCGCCAGCCGGGAGUUGGGGCUGCAGCAGGACAGGCAGCUGCAGCAGGACAGGCAACUACCGCGACGACCAAAAUGGAUGCUACACCUGCAGCAGCAGCCCCAGGAAUGAAACCCACAACAGGAGUGCCAAUAGCACCUCAGGCUACAAAAAUAUCAACACCCCCUCUAUCUGGCAUUGGCUCCAAGGCGGCCCCUGUUGGGAUUGGUAGUAAACCUGCAGGAAUAGGCAGUGCUGCAGCAGGACAGGCACCUGCUGAAGGGGAAAAUGUUCUCACCAAAAUCCUGCAAGGAGGGGCAGCUGAGCAAGCAGGAAAACUGGGAGAUGCAUUAUCGGGCCUUGGGAAGAAGUUCACAUCAUUUUGGUGAACUGAAUAGAGGAGAGUUAUGCAGCGUUGAUUUGAGAUGGUCUGGUACCUUUGUACUUGAAAAACCUAUGAAACUUCAUUAAAUACCUUUUCACACAACUGAGGAAAUAAAGGAAGAGAUUCUGGGUGCAUCAAGCUGGAAUCAAAGGAUGCCUUGUCAGCACUGAAUUUCCCAGACAUGGGCACACAACAGAAGUGAAUUAAAUAAGGGUGAACGCUUUGUCAGCAUGGAACAGGGGGGACUAGGGACACUGAAAAGAGGAUAACAGCAGCAAAUAAUGAAGAUGUAGGGAGGCAGAGGAGAGAGGGGGAAGGGAGACUCGUUUGCUGCUUACCAUCCCCUACUACAGCAAGCCUUCUGGGAUUUGUGUGACAGUAAAUGGCAUGCUAAAUGAAGCACCUGGAUAUCAUAGGAGGAAUUCAGCAUGUUGGUCAUGCAUGUCUCUUCUUUCAGCUCAAUAAAGGGAGCCACACAGCGCCUUCUAAGGGGAAUUAAUGGAACACCUCUUAUGUCUGAGGAGUGCACAUCUGGCAAGGAUAUUUGAUUCUACAUUGAUGUCUUUUGAAGCCUUUCCAUGCAAAACUGUGAAAAAAAGGAUUUUCAUAGGUUUUCCUUGUACCAAAGAUACCCAUUUUUGUCCAAAAUGAGACGACAUACCUUGAAUAGACAAGAUGUAUCACGGCAAUGACAACCAACCUGACGACUCCACCACAACCCUUGAAUGCUUGGUUUCACUGAUCUCUGCAGUACAUUCCAGUAUAGGGAAAUGAACCUUUCUCUGAAUGUGUUUUAAUUUCUCCUCUUUUUGUUUGAUGUCUACAGAAUGCAUUGUGUAAAUGUGGACAUGAGAAUGCACGCACAAAUAUUUAAAAAAAAAAGUCAAAAAAAAGAAGAAGAAACCCAUAUCAGUACUUUUUCACCACCUAUGAGAUGCCACUAAUUAACACGUCUAGGUUCUAGGGAAGGAAAAUACUACCAGUGUGCCCACAAGUGUGAGAUUCACACAGAUGAGAGGACCAAAUGAGAGAGUGGCCACGGCUCUUUGUUAGCCAUUGCAAAGCCAUCCUUAUAGUCAGCUCCAGAGCUGAUGGAACCACUCUGGGUCCGACUAUAAAAGGAUAGAGUCCCCUCUGGGACUUUAUCCUUUUUAUUGAUUUGUCUCAUCUUUUAGUUUCUUUUCAUUUUUUGCCUGAUAUUCACUGAAUGGAAGAGCCUUAUUCAGUACAUGUUUUUACUUGUAUACCUCACAUGUUUGAAAUUGUCCAUGUCAUCAUGCAUUUCUUUUUACACUAUUGUAUACUAUUUUAUGUACAUAACCAAACAGAGAUCUACUUAUGUAAAUUUGUCAUUUGUGUAUUCAUCAAAUCACUCUCCAGUGACUCUUCUUUUGUUGGUCGUGUCUUUCUUUGGAAAAAAAAACUUUAUAUUUUUCACUUUUUAUUUGUCUGAAUCUGUUUUCUUGCAUUGAAUAAUUUGCUUGUUAAUUUUUAAAAGCAAUAGCAUGCAGAAAAUGGUAUAUAGCACAAUAGUAUAAAUAUUGUUGAAUUAGUGAUGGAAAAUAUCAAACACUUGUGUCGAUAAAUAGCCGUAAUACAAUUUGUCAGCGGGUUUACAACCACAGUACCAUGUCCAAAUGUGCAUGUUAUGUGCAGAUGCAUAAUGAGCAUGCAGACAGGUACGAACACACUCACAGACACACACUAUAUCUCACGUAUUCACACCACGCACAUGAUUUGAGUUCCUUACUUGCAUCCCAGUUAUGUCAUGUCUGAGCCAAGGUUAAUUUUGUUCUCCAUUUAAUAGACCUGUUAGCCUGCUGCUCAUGAAUGAGGUAACCAGUUCACCCGAUUAUCUCACUAACAAGCUGGGCCCAUCGUCUCUAUUUGACACACACGAGCACUUGCAAACUCAAACACUUACACACAUGCACAUACAGGAGAGGAUGAAAGCAAUUCUCAAUUCAAAUGUUCUAUGCAAUGACUCAUUUUGAACCUGGAAAUGAUUCAGCCUAAAACAGUUUAUUAUCAUCGUUCUAUUCACAAGAAAACAAAAUUAUAAAUUAAAAUAUAAAAAAAGGUAAUGAAAUGUUUUUACUUAGCAACUCGUCUGUAUGAAUUUGAAUAUUGAAUAUUGAACUAGAAUUGUUUUUAUUUUUUUGUGGCAUGUUUUGACCCCUCAAUCCCCACACGGGGGACUUGUUGCCAAAGGGUAAACUGUGUAGACUGUCGGUUUUGAAUGUCCACCAUCAUGUUGCUUUGAAGCAUGGGUUUGCUUGGCUUUGUCUGGCUGUUUGUAAGCCCUCAUUCAGUUUUUGUGCAUUUUGGCUGACCUGGGCUCCUCAGUGUUUGGCUUGCAGUGACUGUCCGUGCUGCUAUAAACCUGUGAUACAGAUGGUCAGCACUUCUCAUUAAUACUUGUCAGUGUACAUAUUGGGUGUCAGUAUAACCUGUAGGUUGAAUGGAAUGCUUCUAUCGGAUAUUUCAUUGUUGAUUAAACCACUCAGCAGCCAAGCCAUUGAAAGGUGCAUGACUAGAUCUUAUAUUCUUUGAAGCUGUACCUGGAUUUAAAAAAAGGGAAGGCAUGAUUUCACAAGGUUUACGUAACAAACCUUGACUUUCACUGGCCAAUGUAGAGAAUCUUGAUUAGUUUAAAAUGUUUAGCCAGUCAUUCACAAAUCAGGGCAUGUCAUUCUGAAAGCACAAGCCUGACUGGUAGCACCUGCUGCUUGAUGAAGCGCAGAAACAUGGGGGUUGUGUAACAGUGCCUCCAACUGAACAGUGUAGGAUGUGUAUCAAAACAAGAGGUGGAGAUGGGUCUAUAUGAGGUGCAUGAGACAAAACAGCCUUCAGUGCAGCCAUCCGAUUGACAGAAAAGCAGACAGACACACAUUCUUACUGUAAAUACAAGUUCAUUUUUCUGUACAGCUCUUGAGUUUUGAGUACGGCUGUCAUGUGCAUCCCAUGCCGUAUUUGCUGCCAACUUUUUGUGUAUAAAAAGAAUAUUUAUUACCACAAUGAUGAUGAUGAUGAUGAUGAUGAAGAAACUGAUGAUGAUGAUUAUUCUAAUUAUUGCAUAAGCAUAGUGUAUGUGGCUGACUUGUAUUGACUGUUUACAACAGUGGAUCAAAACUCGUAUUCAGAAACAUAUCCAGUCAGUGUAUAGUUUCUAUACAUAUUGUGUCUGUAAAACAAGAAGAAAAAACCUCCACAGCAACUGCAGUGUAGAAAGUCUUUGUCAGACUAUCAGGAGGUCAUUGAUUGGAUGGAUGUGAUCUGCAAUGUGAUGAGGGUAAAGGGAAGCAGCGGGAAAAAAAUGAAUCAAAAAAUCUGGAAAAUGUCAUUCACUGUUGUAAGUGCAAUGGGCAAAACGUCAGUCGUGUAUCCAUUGUGAAACCUUGUGUUCUAUUCAGUGUAUUCCUGUAAACAGAUAGAGUAAAUUUUGGUGCAUCAUGUCAAGUAAUGUGAGUAAUGAAAAUAUUGACCCUGCAAUUUCCAAACAGAGAGAAGAAUAAAAAGAA